AUGCAGUCUGGCUUUUCUUUUGAAAUCAUGGCCCCACUCACUCCUGUUAAAUCCCUUAAUUCUGAAGUUAAGUUCCUUAAGCUUAUUGUCCGCAAACAAUGGUUUCUAGUCGGUACAUCUGAUGGUUUCGUCCAGGUGUGCUCCUAUGGAACAAGAAUACAACAGAUCACGAGUUUUAGAGCUAGUAAGAGCUCUCUUACAUCAAUUGCUAUACAUCCAACCGAGCCGUACGUGUUGUCCUCAGCUGAGGACAGCUCAAUUAAGCUUUGGAACUGGGACAAGGGCUGGGAGUGCACACAAACUUAUGAGGACGAGCACUCUAGAACUAUCCGUCAAGUAAUCUUUAAUCCAAAGGAUACCGACACUUUUGCUAGUGCGUCAUCUGAUCACACAGUGAAGAUUUGGAGCCUUCACUCUGGCAAAUCUAAAUACACAUUGAUUGGGCAUUUGGACGAAGUGAACUGCCUCGAUUUCUUCACACGUGGUGAUCAACAAUAUCUGAUUUCUGGCUCAGAUGAUUUCAGUCUCAGGAUAUGCGAUCUGCAAAAAAAGGCGUGUGUCCACACAAUAGAAGAUCUCAUGUCUCCGGUUAUUUCUCUAGUAUCUCUUCCUGAUCGUCCAUACAUAAUUAUAGGCUUACAAGAUGGCACUGCCCAUUUGUGGAACUCUGCUCAUUUCGAGUUUGAGAGAAUCUUUUUCUUUGACUCUAAAAGAACGGUUAGCGGUAUUUGUCCGCUAGUGUCGGGAAGGGUUGUGAUUGGACGACAUGACAACAUAUUAAUCAUCGAUACGGACAAUGUAAAACCAGCUACUAUGAAUCUCAACCAUGUACCCGAAGAGGAUAUGGAAAAUUUUAGUAAAGAGAGGGAUACCGUGGUUUACGCGGUGAAAUCGUAUGUUGUUUCGGAAGCACAGCUAAUGCUCAAAGAACCCAAAGAGAAUUUGCAGCAGGCGCCGCAAGCAGUUUUAGGAACAGGAACAGCUUCCGAGUCUGCACCGCAGCCAAUAAAGGAACUGAGCAAGGAAGAAUUAAUGGCCCUUACGUGUUUGUCACUUGGGCGGCUACAAGUAUAGCGCAACUAAGAGAUGGAACAAACUGGGGAUUUUUUUUUUUUAUCUAAACAGACCCGGAGGCCGGACCGCCGGACUCAUAAUCUUGCCUUGAUCAGGGAAGCAAGCGGACAUAACGUAACAAUAGACUGGCACCGGCAGGAAUUGGCCACCAAAAGAUUAGGAAGCGAAAAGGCUCUUUGAGCAACAGAACGGAAUCAAAAUCUGUGGUGCCAACGCACAUGGACCAGCGACAGGAAAUAAACAUUAGAAUUGAUACACUCGAUCGAUCUGCACAGAGUCUGCAGCUUACACUGUACAUUGCUUACUAAAACGUUAAACGGAUGGAGAACCUAUACGCCUUAUUACUUGUGUUUAUUAAAACUUCGCUAUAUAUAUAUAUCGAAAAUUGCUAGCUACAAAAGGAGGGUAGCUACCCACCCCUUCG